CCUCUUAUAAAUCCACCUCCUCCAUCUCAAGUUGCACCGCUACUAGCAGCUAACCUACCUACACUACACUACACCACACACUACACUUGGAGAGAAGCACACGUAGCUAGAGUGAUCGAUUCAUUUUCUUGCUCGAUCUUGAUCGGUAUGGCUGGUGCUACGGCUGCCGGCGCUGCCGCUGCCGCGGCGGGGACGGGAGCCGGGUCGCCGUGCGGCGCGUGCAAGUUCUUGCGGCGGCGGUGCGUGCCGGAGUGCGUGUUCGCGCCCUACUUCAGCUCGGAGCAAGGGGCGGCGAGGUUCGCGGCGAUCCACAAGGUGUUCGGCGCCAGCAACGCCUCCAAGCUCCUCUCCCACCUCCCCGUCGCCGACCGCUGCGAGGCCGUCGUCACCAUCACCUACGAGGCCCAGGCCAGGCUCCGCGACCCCGUCUAUGGCUGCGUCGCCCAAAUCUUCGCCCUCCAGCAGCAGGUCGCGAUCCUGCAAGCGCAGCUGAUGCAGGCGAGGGCGCAGCUGGCGUGCGGCAUCCAGAGCAGCUCGCACUCUCCGGUGAGCUGGCCGGACAGCGGCAGCAUCAGCGCGCUACUCCGGCAGGACAUGGCGAGAAGGCCGCCCGGCGGCGCCCUCGACGACUGCUUCGGCGGCGGCGGCGCGCUGCUGCCGGAGCUCAUGGCGGCCGGCUUCAAGGACGACGUCGCCGCCGUGCAGAUGCAGCAGCAUUGCUCCAAGGCGGUGGACGCCGGCGAGCUCCAGUAUCUGGCCCAGGCGAUGAUGAGAUCAACCUCCAACUACUCUCAGUAGAAAGAAAAAUCAAACAAUGCAACGCUUUGCAUGCAGGAGUUAGAGAGUGGACAAGCAAAAAUUUAGCCUGUGUACUACUGAACUUUUUUAUCAGUGCAACGUCAUAGUGAAGCAAUUAGUCUGCUUCAUGAUGAUGAUUAGUACGUAGUACUACUAAAUAACACUAAUAGCUUCUUGCAACAAGGUCUUGGUAAUGACAUCACACAUCACUGGACCCUGGCCAUGCAUGCAUGUCCAAGUAUAAUCUUGCUGACCUAGUUGGUGCAAUCUUCUUAUUUCCAAAAUUUGUUUGAGUGUUUAGCUAGGUUAAAUCGAGACAGAUGAAACAAGGUUCUGAAUUCAGUAUCUAUGUGUGUCAUUUCAUAUGUGUCUCAGGCGAUGAACUAGUGUAAAACUGCAUUAAAAAUUUUCUGAUCUAUCCCUAGUUUUUAUAAUAAUUUCCAGUUCAA